CUCCACCGAGGAGCGAGGCCGAGGAGGAAGAAGACGACGAAGACGACGACGACGACGAGGGUCGAGAAGCGAAGCGCAGGGUUGCAGCAGGAAGAAAGAAUGGCGAGAUCGAGCGGCGACGACGCUCAGGCUCUGUUCCACUCGCUCCGAUCCGCUUACGCCGCCACUCCCAAGAACCUCAAGAUCAUCGAUCUGUACGUGGCCUUCGCCGUCUUCACAGCACUGAUUCAGGUUGUUUAUAUGGCUCUGGUUGGCUCUUUCCCUUUCAAUUCGUUCCUGUCUGGGGUCCUUUCUUGUAUUGGAACGGCCGUCCUGGCUGUUUGUCUCCGUAUCCAAGUGAACAAGGAGAACAAGGAGUUCAAGGAUUUACCACCUGAGCGUGCUUUCGCAGAUUUUGUUCUCUGCAAUUUGGUGCUUCACUUGGUGAUUAUGAAUUUCCUCGGUUAAGCUGGAGCCACGGGUUUUGCAGGAUCUACAUAGCUUGAGGAGUGAUCGAAUAGUAGUAAAAUAACUAGUUGCCAAUUCAUUUUGCUUUACUGGACUGUGAGGUGCAAAGCUAGUGAUAUGUGCUGAAUGAUAGGAUUUUGUGGAUUGACUGGGGAGCCCAAAUUUAUGUUCUUGUUUGAGGUACACCAAGAAAAGAAUGAUUUUUCUUCUGCCGAGAACACCAUAGCUUGCUUUAUUUGAUUAGCUUAGUUUUGUAUCAUGGUUGUGCUUAGUCUGCCGACAUUUGGUCCUGUCAAGGAUGUCAAUGGGCUGUGGCAUGUCGGAUUUUAUAAGUAAUCCAAAAUUUUCUGUUCUGGGGA